AUGGCAGACGUAAAGUGGAUUGCCAAGUGCUUAAAAGACUUGGCUGCAUUGGGUGUUCUGAAUACAGAAAAGCAGUCCUCGGACGAGUACUUGAAGAACAAGCUCGUUGAAAAGAAUGCCAAUGUUUCUGACAACGUUAGAUCGUUUAAUGUCUUUCUCUAUCCAAGCGCUACAAACUGUGACAAAAAGUCAAAGGAUCUCAGAAACUGCGAUCUUUUUACAUUUGCAAACGAAAACAAGUACAUCUUCAGGGAGUUCCAAUACACACCAGCCACAAAAAACCAGCCCUCCUCCCAGCAGAUCCUAACGGUCAAUACCGUGCAGGACUUUAAGGAGGGGCACUAUUCCUGCAGCUUCUGCUACUACAAGCACCGUGUGCUGUCUCUUCUGGAAAGACUGCAGUAUGCCCCAUUAGAGAUAGAGUUGCCGAUGGCAGGCGCCAACGGAACCCAGACAUUCUUCUUUGUGGGGCUGGAGAUGAAGAAAAGCAAGGACGAUCCAACCAAGUACAAGGUGUUCAUGGGCUUUAAGUAUGACUAUAAGGACCCCAAGGACAGCAGAGCUGCAGUUCGCAAGCGAUAUGUAUUGGUCUCGGCCAGCCUAGACAGUAAGGUCACGUAUGUCGAGCUCAUGCCCCGGGAAAAUAGCGAGUACGAUGUUGAUAUGAAGCAUGUUAUAACGUCGCUCCCCGUUGACGAUCUCGAAGUGGAGCUGUUUGAUUUGAACUCCAUAUACUACACCGAUGAAAACAUGAAUGAAAUAAACCUUGGCGCCGAGCGCUUUGACUCCUUUGUCCAGUCAUUUGCAGUAUCAGUCGACGUUGAGGGUCUAUUCGAGACAGUAAGGCCUGUGGUCAGCAAGAAGCUUGAUGAAUGUGCCAAGCAGGCCAAGAAGCUUGAGGAGCAGGUUGGCAUGAUCAUCUCCCAACAGACAGUAGAAAAGAAGGCGGCAGAGAUUGGGAUAGGAGACAAGGGUAAGGAAAAUAAGGAGGAGCAAGGCCAGAGCCUGUUCUUCUUCAGCAACAAAAAGGUCUUCGCAUCUAUUGCAGUAGCAACAAUCGUCAUACUUUUCUUCUACUAUGCCUUGGGCAGGAGCAGCGAACAGGCCGACAGGAAGGAGAGGGUGGCCCUGCUUUAG